AGCUGGUGAUCUACAUAUAUUGUAUGCCAAGCUGCGGUAUUAGAAAAUUUGUAUUAUAACACAACAAAUAAAAGCGACAGAGAUAUUUCAGACCAAUAUUGAGCACUUUUUCGAGUCUACAUUUCUUGUAAAUAGUGAGAGUGUUAGUGGAUUGAGGGAGAAAUUUGCAGGAUUCAUUGUGGAAACCAAGAGGGCAAGUGUCAACAAUGGAUUAAUUGUUCCAAAGAUGUGAAAGGACAACAAAGAUUUGUAAUGUAAUGAAAGAAGUACCAUUAUUUAGUGUGAAAUUCUUCAAGACCAUUAACAAAAGAUAAGAAGUGACCAUGCGAUUCUAAGGUGUUAGAUUUUUUGUGAAUUUGUGGCAGAUUUUGGACUCCUAGAGAUGGGAAAAUCAAUGAAUCUGAACAAUCUUUCACCAGAGGAGGCACAGCAGAUCCUCAAGGUCAUCCAGAAGGACUUUGAACUGAGACAGAAAGAAAGAGAGAGAUUAAGUAAAAUCGAGGAAGUUGUAAAUGAAGAGGAAAGUAAGACAGAGGUGUUGACGAAACAACAGAAGUUUAACGAGAAUUGUUGUAUCCGAUGUUGCCAGACGUUUGGUUUUAUCUUCAACAGGAAGCAGCUUUGUCAGUCUUGUCGUCUGUACGUCUGUAAAUCGUGUGCCAGAUAUGAUGACAAUAUCAAGGGUUACGUCUGCAAGGCAUGUUUAACAGAAUUGGAACUGAAACAGAAAUCUGGCGACUGGUUUUACAACAAUGUUAGCAGGAAGUAUAAGAGAUUUGGUAGUGCGAAGGUUGUGAGGACCUUAUAUAAACAUGCUGACGGGACACGGCACUCAAAGUUCCAUUGGAGUGAUGGCGAUGAAGCAAUUAUGGAGGAACAAGAACAUUUUGAUGACAUUACACAAGCUGACAAUGAGAGUGACAGUGGCUAUGAUCCCUCCCUCUACAGUUCUUUCGGCCAAUCAGGAUCCCUGAGAGCAAAGACACGCCCCUCUCUCAAAUCUGUCUUCCCAGAAAUCAAGAUUACUGAUGAAGAUUGUGAAGAAAUUGACAAUAGCCUGUUCUCUCCACCACCACCUCUUGGUCAGAUUUCACCGAGACAGACAAAUGGAACAAUAUGCAAUAACAACAACAACAAUGAGAUUGACGGGUCACCGGACACGUCUAUGGAAAGUAUACAAAUCUCCACACAGACGACUCCGGUACCACACCCGAGGACAGCGACCACACCAACUCAAACUAUUGAAGAUCUCGACACAAAAGAACAGGAGAAAAGAGACAUAUAUAAAGAGGCUUUCGAAAGUACCAAGAGGACAGAGGAAGCCAAGUUCAAGGUUCGCUUUGACAACUUGCUACAGGAGAUGCAACAAUCUUUUGAAGCCCUGUCACCUAGAGAUGGACAGGUUCCCUCACAAUAUGGCAGCACUUCAUAUGGUGAAUUGAUGUCCACAUAUAGAGGAAGAGUAAAAGAUCUGUUAGUGAGUCUAUCUCAAAGAUUGGAACUUGCUGUUGAGAGUUUUGAUGAAACUUGUGCGUGUAAUCCAAGUCUGACAUCACAGAAAGUGAAACUAAUGAUCUCAAAACUAGUGGAGGAUAGACUCGGUGAAUCUCUUGAUUUGACAAGUGAUGAGGCAGUGUCAGAUCUGUCAUCCCUCUCAGAUGAAUCUGGAGAACAAAAAUCCCUAGAGGAUCAAAUUGCUCAGGCAGUUAUUGCAAGGGUGCUAGAAUUACAUAGAAAUCAAAAUGGUGUUCAUCUUGAACUCAAUGAACCUGCAGACGACAGCAGAAAUAGUGACUCUUCAGGAUUGGAGGUAAAAACAGUAGUGAGGAGUAGAGGCUCUUCAGUAGCAGAAGAGCCUAAUGUACAUGAAAUGGUGCCAAAUGAACAUAUAUUGCACAAAGGUGCAACUAGAUUAGAUUAUAGAGAUUCCAACUCAAAUGAAAGUGAUAUUAAUGCCAAUAUUAAAGACAGAGGCAAAUGGGCAAAGGCAGAUAUACAUAAAGAUUAUAGAAAUGAAGACGAUAUUGAUGGUGAAAUUAAAACCUCAGGAAAACAUUCACCUCAGCCUCAACAUCAUGUUGAUGAAGACUUUGAUGAGGAUGUUCAAGUUGGAAAACACACUCAAAGAGAUAGGAGAAAAAGAACUCAUUCAGAUCGUUCAGAACCGGAACAUCAAAGACAGAGAUUAAGUUCCGGACAUUCUGAAUCCGGUAAUGAAAGACAUGAUUCAAGUUCUGGUGAAAACCAGGAUAUAAAUCAUGAUUCUGAACCGGAAAACACUAGUGACAAGAAAGGAAGGCCUAGACUAGGGUCGAGUGUUUCGGAAACUGAUGAUAAAGAGGAUGAGAUUAUUUUAAAACAGGAGUUUGAAAAGUUGCGAACUUUUGCACGAGAAGUUGUGCCGCGUCCUUUAUAUGAGGAAGUGAAAUUUGUUGAAGAAGUUGAACCAGUACCGAUUGAGGAAAGUAUGGAAUGUGUGAAAGUUGAUCACGAGGAGUCCCAUGAAGAAUUCACGUCCCGAUUUUUCACAUACGAUAAAGUUCACGAUUCGGAAAAUCGUGGUUUACCAGAUUUUAGUGACUUGGAUUAUGAAUAUCAUGAUUUUGGUUUAAAUGAAGUUGAUCCUGAUUUGUUAUCUAUGAAUCUAGCGCCGAUUCUAGAAGAAACAGAAGAGGAGCUCGCUGAAGAAGAAGAAGAAAAUGAAGAUUCAGAGUAUGAACAAGAUUGGAGAGGGAACUGGAUCUUUAAAGGUGCCAGUGGAAUGGCUCCAUAUAAUAACAUUACAGGAAAGAGUAGACAGUCGGCAGAGUUUGGUGAUGGUUAUGUUAUGGUGCCUAAACCGAAUGAAAUAUUAGCUCCAACCAUUGGUAACAGAGAUGUAGAUGACAUGUCUGAUUUGUCUGAGAAUGAGGACAGAGAUUUGAGCGACGAGGAAAGUUCAUUCUACGCAAAAACAAGCGAAGAAAUCGCUCGUAUAACACGUAAAACUACCAGUUCCACUCAAGUUGCACCUCUCGCCAACAUUUCAAUCCAGACGGACGGGGAAUCUGAUUUGGAGUCCAUGGUUUCCCGACCGAACUCUUCAUUUUCCGAUUCUGGUUUCCGUACUAAUCGACCGGAACAGUACAGUUUUGAUAGUCGUGUUAGUGAAAAGUCAGCAGUAAAGUUAUCAGAAGAACUGGUACCUGCAGAAGGUGACGAUCCAAAGUUUGAAAUUCCACCAGACAGUAUAACCAUCUCAGAAGGGGAACCAGCAAGGUUAACCUGUAGAGUGGCUGGUACUCAGCCUUUAGACGUAUUUUGGUACAAGGUACGAGACGAGGUCGAAGAGUUGGAGAAUUCAGAGUAUUAUGAGAUUAUCAAGGACGGCAGUCGUCAGAGUAUAAACAUGUACAACAUGACGAAGGCCGACGCGGGCCAGUAUAUGUGUAUGGCAAUAAACGAGAAAGGCCGGUGCUGUCAAUACUUUAUACUCCAUGUAAAAAAAAACACAACAGAAAUGAAGGCACCGGAAUUCUUAAAGACUUUAUCAGAUCUAGAGGUCAAAGAAGGUCAAAGUGUAAAGUUCAGAUGUAAGGUCAAGGGCAUUCCUCAGCCAAGGGUCGUUUGGUACAAGGACGGCAAGAUCCUGAUGAACCAACUCAAUUAUAAACUUGAGAAGUUUGGUAACCGUGACUACAUCCUGGCAAUUGACUCGGCUACGAUGGAUGAGGAUGCCGAGUAUUGCGCUUUGGCUAAAAAUGUUGCUGGAGAGGCUCGCACCAGCGCACAACUUCUUGUAGAGCCCAGAAAUAAACCAGAAAGUGUUCCAAUUACUGCCAAAUCUCCCAAAUCACCAAAAUCCCCAGAGAAAAAACAGUCUGCGGAUGAUUUCCCCGAUUUAUCGUACCUCGGAUUGGGCCGGGCUAAAACACGACCUGCUAAGUCCACAUCAUCAUCAUCAUCAUUAUCAUCUUCAUUGUCAUCAUCAAAUAAAACGCCAAAGUCUUCAGAGGACAAAACUAAGGAUUCUGAUUUGCAUAAUUUGAGUGAAAGAGUGGCGGAAACGAAAGAAAGUGUAUCAAAAGUUGCCGAGGAUAUGCUGUCAUCUUCAAAAGAGUUAACCGAGAUUGACAAAAGUAUCGCAGCCAUGGACAAGCUUCUAGAAGAUCUAGAGUCGGACGUUUAUUCUGUAAAUUCAGACGACGUCGAGAACAAUAAUGAGGUUAUAAGUACGCUCCCCGGCUCGGCUGUUCUAGAAUAUUCUAACCAAUUUUAUGUAAUGAAAGAGGCAGCUGAAAAUGUGCGGAAAGCGACAAAAUCCACGCUGGAUUAUUUAAACAGUACAGAAGCAUAUGUGAUGAGGGAGAAAGGUAUUGGCGAUGUUGCUACAAGUACACCUAGAAACUCGGACACGGAACGUGUAUUUAACCCCGAUAGUGAUGCUUCACAUAUUGUCUGUGAUACAAGUGACGUAACCGUGGAAACGUCUCAAGACGCGAGCGAUGACUCUCAUAAAAGUGAGGUGGUGUUUAAUUUAAAUCCAAUGACAAUAAAUAUGGGUGGUUUGAAAGAUUCCAAAAAUAGAGUUCAAAGUGGCAGACGGACUUUAUCUAGGUCAAGUUCAAAUGAAGACUCAGCGGUUGCUAAGGACAACAAUGAAUCUCAACGUAGUGAUACAUUACAUACGGACAGACAGAAUUCUAGUGAUACAAGUAGUCAUGUGACACAUUCUCCAGAUGUUACCAUGGAUACCUCAGAUCUGAAUGUUUCUCACGAUGGUUCUAGUGAGAAAUUAACAGUGAAUUUAGGGCCGAAACGCGAGAAUAAAGAUCCGUACAGGAGAGAUUUUUAUGUCACAGAUACCCCUAUGAUGCAGAGGAAAUCUCCUAUAGAGGAGAAACAAAGAGCACGCACAGAGGAAAAGAUAUACCUGGCUGCUAAUACUGUAACUAAUCUAGAGAACAAAGUACAGUCACUACAAGAUAAGAUGAGGGCAGUAAAUGCUCUACAAGAACAAGAUAAAUUAGGUCAACUAGAAAACGAAGUUGCCCAAACAGUAGCACAUGUGGUGUCAACUGAAAAACAGGUUAAGAAAAUAGAAGGGGAUGUUUCUAAACUCAAAGCAACAAAACGUCAAGCACCAAGUGUUCCUCCAGCAAGCCCUAGAGAAAGGCCUGAACCAACUUUCCUUAAAGGCGAUACAAGGGAACAGGAUUUACCUGAGAGUCGUACAGAAUUUAACGAGGAAUAUGGUUCUAUAGAACUUCCUAGUGUUAACCGACUCAAAGCUAUGUUCGGUGGGAUAAAGAGCAGUGACAAAGAUUCCUCCAUUAAAAGGGAAGCACAGUCUGAUGGAGGUCAACAAGAGCCUAUUCACAGUAUAACUGCUAGAAGUGUACCUAAAGAACAGUUGGAGAAACUACGCCAUACGUCAGGAGAUCAUCCUCAAACAGCUGUAUCAUCAUCUACCGAACCGGCUCAACCUGCACGUGCAACUUCCUUGAUGACGGGUGAACAAAUUAAAGCACGCCCGAACGUGCCAACACAAGUUUAUCAGUCACAUGACUUUGACUCUGGCAAGUCAGUCGGCCAUAAAAUGCAAGCUCCAAAACAAAGUAUACAAGUUUCUUCAAAUGUGAAGCAGACCUCAGUUGCCGAUAGUAACACUAAGUCUAAAUCAUCCGUACAAAUCAGUCUCGCGAGUGGGAAUAUAAACAAACCUAUACACACUGACACAGUAGAUCAUGCUCAACCAAAACAACCAAUCAAAACUACUGUAACAGCCAAUAAAACAAAUGCACCAAACAAUUCUAGCCAAUCAAAGUCAUCGGCACAUAAUGUGAAAACUGGAGAGGAUAUAGACACUCCAGAGGAGAGAAAAUCACCAAAAAUCAAAACAGGAGCAAUUUCAGCGAUGUCCAAGUUUUGGGAAAAGGGGGCAAAAGAUACCGUAGUACCAGAGCUAUUGGAAUAUGAUUGAUAAUUGUCAAUAAUAGAUAAAUUUUAUACAAUGUUAAACUAUUAAACAAGUGCAAUUUGCAUAUUUUAUUAUGUUAAAAUUAUAUGAGAAAAUAUACAAAAGAAAUGAAGAUUUACAUGUACAUGGAACAAUUGUUUCAUGCAUAUUUGGUUUUAUCAAUGAGAUAUGAUUUUUAUCACUCACUGUAUGAUAACCAUUGCUGAAUUUCAUCUAGUAGCAUAAAAGAAAAAGUGAAAAUUAUGGAAUAUGUCUCGCUCUGAAGUGAGGUCACUAAGGCUAAAAAUAGAUUUUCCUCUACUUUGAUUCUCUAGCACGCAGUAAGGUCUUUCCAAUAAAAGUCUAUUUG